AUGGCUGUCCAUGUUCCAGGUCUGGUAAUGAUGGUCGUCUUCUACCUGCUCGUGUUGGGAAUCGGCAUUUGGGCAUCUUUAAAAUCGAAGAAGAUGGAGAAAAACACACUCCGUGGACAAAUGGAAGUUUCUUUUUUGGCUAAUCGGAGGGUCAGCUUGGCAGUGGGAGUUUUCACAAUGACGGCUACAUGGGUGGGAGGUGCUUUCAUCAUUGGAGUUGCAGAGACGGUUUAUGACCCCACAAAGGGACUAGUCUGGGCUCUUAUUCCUCUGCAAAUGUCAAUUUCAUUUAUUAUUGGUGGACUGUUUUUCGCAAAACCAAUGCGGGACCAAAACUGCAUCACGAUGAUGGAUCCAUUUCAGAGAAAGUACGGCAAAACACUGACUGGGCUUCUUGCAGUUGUUCCAAUUAUCAGUGAACUGAUGUGGGUUCCUGUCACACUGAUUUCUCUCGGGGUCACUGUAAGCGUCUUUUCGGAGCUGCCUUUAAGUCUUUGCAUCUGGAUCUCUGCUGCAGUGGCGGUCGUCUACACUGUCCUCGGAGGUCUCUAUUCAGUAGCUUUCACUGAUGUCGUCCAGCUAUCGCUGGUGUUUUGUAGCUUGUGGCUGUGUGCUCCCUUUGUUUUGGCGAGUGACGUUUACACUGACAUCACUCAAACAGCAUUCAACCGCACGUAUCAGGCUCCCUGGCUGGGCCACCUCAAGUCUGAUGAAGUGUGGAGAUGGAUUGAUAAUUUCCUC